AUGGAGGGCGCGAUGGCAGUGCGGGUGACGGCCGCGCAUACGGCAGAAGCCCGGGCCGAAGCCGGGCGGGAAGCGGGUGAGGGCGGGGUCGCGGCGGCGGCGGCAGCCUUGGCUCCUGGUGGCUUUCUCGGCCUCCCGGCGCCCUUCAGCGAGGAAGAUGAGGAUGAUGUGCACAGAUGUGGCCGCUGCCAGGCAGAGUUCACUGCCCUGGAGGACUUCGUUCAGCAUAAGCUCCAGAAAGCCUGCCAACGGGUGCCUCAGGAGGCCCUGCCCGCCACCCCGGCGGCCGCGCUGCUUGGUCGGGAGGUGGCAGCGGGAGCGGCAGGCUCAGAGGAGCCUAUCACUGUGGCCCACAUCGUGGUGGAGGCGGCGGCGCUUGCGGGAGACAUCAGCCACUCGCCUGACAUAGUUGGAGGCGGACACAUCAAAGAGGUCAUUGUGGCCUCAGAGGCGGAGCCGGGGGACAGCAUGGUGGCUGAGGGCCCAGGCAGCCCCAGCCGGCGGGGGCCCGGGCUCUCUGCGGAGGGUGAGCAGGCCCAGGUCAAGCUGCUGGUGAACAAGGAUGGCCGCUACGUGUGCAUGCUCUGCCACAAGACCUUCAAGACGGGCAGCAUCCUCAAGGCCCACAUGGUCACGCACAGCAGCCGCAAAGACCACGAGUGCAAACUGUGCGGGGCCUCCUUCCGCACCAAAGGCUCGCUCAUCCGGCACCACCGGAGGCACACAGAUGAGCGCCCCUAUAAGUGUGCCAAGUGUGGGAAGAGCUUCCGGGAGUCGGGGGCACUAACCCGGCACCUGAAGUCUCUCACUCCGUGUACAGAAAAAAUCCGCUUCAGCAUGAGCAAAGACAUGGUCGUUGGCAAAGAGGACAUGCCUGCAGGGUCCAGCGCCUCCACUGUGGGGGCUGUUACCCCGUCGUCGGUGGCAGGCGAGCCCAUGGAGACGUCGCCGGUGAUUCACCUGGUGACAGAUGCCAAGGGCACCGUCAUCCAUGAAGUCCACGUCCAGAUGCAAGAGCUUCCCCUGGGCAUGAAGGCCCUCGCCCCGGAGCUCCCUGGCCCCCAGGAGCUUCCCUGCUCCAGCGAGGGCAGCCGCGAGAACCUUCUGCACCAGGCCAUGCAGAACUCCGGCAUCGUGCUCGAGCGGGCCCCCGGGGAGGAGGGAACCCUGGGGCCAGCCACCCCCACCGUGUCCAGUCCCCAGCUGCCCGGAGAUGCUGCCCCGGAACUGCCGCUGCUGGAGGUGGAGCAGGUGGAGACAGUGGCUGGCGAGGCCUCGUCUGUGCCCAGGACCCACCCAUGCCCUCAGUGCAGUGAGACCUUCCCAACGGCGGCCACCCUGGAGGCCCACAAAAGAGGCCAUGCAGGGCCGAGGCCCUUCACCUGCCCGCAGUGCGGCAAGGCCUUCCCUAAGGCCUACCUGCUCAAGAAGCACCAGGAGGUCCAUGUUCAUGAGCGCCGCUUCCGCUGUGGGGACUGCGGGAAGCUCUACAAGACCAUCGCCCAUGUCCGUGGCCACCGGCGUGUCCACUCGGACGAGCGGCCCUACCCCUGUCCUGAGUGUGGCAAGCGCUACAAGACCAAGAAUGCCCAGCAGGUGCACUUCCGGACACACCUGGAGGAGAAGCCGCACGUGUGCCCAUUCUGCAGCCGCGGCUUCCGGGAGAAGGGCUCACUGGUGCGGCACGUGCGGCACCACACGGGCGAGAAGCCCUUUAAAUGCUACAGGUGUGGCCGUGGUUUUGCCGAGCAUGGCACGCUCAACCGCCACCUGCGGACCAAGGGGGGCUGCCUGCUGGAGGUGGAGGAGCUGCUGGUAUCUGAGGAGAGCCCCGCUGCAGCCGCUGCCGUCCUGACCGAGGACCCGCACACCGUGUUGGUCGAGUUCUCGUCCGUGGUAGCUGACACACAGGAGUACAUCAUCGAGGCCACCGCAGAUGAUGCAGAGACCAGUGAAGCCACGGAGAUCAUCGAGGGCACCCAGACAGAGGUGGACAGUCACAUCAUGAAGGUGGUGCAGCAGAUAGUGCACCAGGCCAGCACUGGGCACCAGAUCAUUGUGCAGAAUGUGACCAUGGACCAGGAGGCGCGGCUGGGCCCAGAGGCAGCCGCGGCCGACACCAUCACCAUCGCCACCCCUGAGAGCCUGACGGAGCAGGUGGCCAUGACUUUGGCCUCGGCCAUCAGCGAGGGCACUGUGCUCACUGCCCGCUCAGGCACCAGUGGCGCUGAGCAGGCCACUGUGACCAUGGUUUCGUCAGAGGACAUUGAGAUCCUGGAGCAUGCCGGCGAGCUGGUUAUUGCCUCCCCGGAGGGCCAGCUUGAGGUGCAGACGGUCAUUGUCUAA